AUGGACUCGAAUCCCAGUUCUAAUCAGCCGAAACCAAGAGCUGUUCCCAAGAAAGUUAUUCCUCCUGACACACACGAGACUCUGCCUCCGCGGGUGGGGAACAUUUCAAGGGAUCUUGCGGAUCAUAUUCCUAUCCAUUCAAGGAAAUCCUUCCCCGCAAUUCGAGAUAGGCUUGGACUGUCUCCAAGAUCACCAUCUGAUGCGACUAUGCCGUUCCCUUCUACUACCGGACCGAGAAGUAGAAAGGCUGUGAAAUUAACGCAGCUCAAAGUUAAUCUGGACAAGCAUAUUUCUCCUUCAGCAUCCUCUCCUUCGUUUGCAAUUCACUCUGAAAGAAGCACCACUGAACAACAUCUCUUUACCAUUUCUUCUAGACAGGUGGAGGAUCAAGUGUUUGAUUCAUUGCUAUCUGACCAAGUUGUUGUUCCUUAUAGGUUAGAUCCAUCUGUGGGUGUUUUCCGCACUUUACUGUAUAAAAUUAACCAGUCCAUAUUAAAGUUUUCUGCAAAAUAUGCCAGAGUCUUUGAUGGAGACAUUGAUAAUGUCCCCGACUAUGUUAAAGCAUUUACUCUAAGGUUGAAGAAUUGUUUUAAGCUAUAUGGGUUGCCCGAAAAAAUUGAAAAGCUCACCAGUUUAAAGCAUUUUGUUUUUGACAUUCUUGGACGAUCGGGUUCUAUGCCUCAUGGGAUAGAGCUGAAGGAUUUGGUUGAUCUGACUGGAUCAUUAUGUAUUUUAAACAUGGAAAACGUCUCAAAUUUUGAGGAAGUCCGGGAGGUUGAUUUGAGUAGUAAGAAGUUGGUCGGUCUAUACCUAAGGUGGACUACCUCAAGGGAAUGUGAUGCUGUCAAAGAAGAACAAAUCCUUCAAUAUAGUCAACCUUCUUUGGAUCUUGAAGAGUUAGAAAUAGCAAGUUAUGGAGGUUUUAAGCUUCCAAAUUGGUUUUCUGAUUCAUCCUAUGUCCGUCUAGUUGAUAUGAAACUUUAUAAUUGCAUGAAUUGUGAAUGUCUUCUACCCAUCGGUAAAUUGCCGGCUCUUCGCUUUUUGCUUAUCGACGGAAUGGACAAGCUUGAAAGAAUAGAUGAACACUUUUGUCGGGAUGGAGAAGAUCAACAAUAUCAUGCAUUUCCAAAGUUGGAAAAACUGUCAAUUCAAUACAUGCGUCAAUUAAAAGAGUGGACAGGAGUACAAAAUGGAGACUUUCCAUGGUUGAAUAAACUUCAGAUAACAUUUUGCCCUGAACUGCACUCACUUCCAGUGUUGUCUAGCCUCGAUUCUCUUAAGCAUUUGAAAUUGAGUUGUUGUCCAAAUAUCAAGUACUGGAGAGAGAUAGCUCAUGUCCCCAAUGUAUUUAUUGACGGUGAACAAAUCACUCGUACAUCUUAA